AUGUUGUCGAAGCUCAUCCUGCUCACCUGCCUUUUGGCUGUUGCCCGCGCAACUCGGCCACAGCUCGGCCUGCGUAUGCCGGACUUCAAUGACGCGAUCGCCAGUCGUAUCGUCGGAGGCAACCCUGCCAAUCGAGCUCACUGUCCCACUUCUUUACCAUACGGCGAUCUCACUGUCAAAGCCGGUAAGCUCCUGAUCAACUAUUGGGAGACCAGCGAGCAGACGUCCAGUGUGCAACGGGCUUUCAUUCACAAUCAGUUCCCAGGAAAUGUCGCUCCCAACGACAUAGCUUUGCUCAAGCUGGCGACUCCUCUUUGUUCAACAACUACGUCCAACCGAUCGGUCUGUCCAAAGCCAAGAGCAUCCCCGAAGGUUAUUCGACCCUCUCCGGUUGGGAUUCGAUCCCAUCAUGCUGAGUAG